UGCCUGGGAACUUGGGCUGCUUCAAAGACAGCGGCGACCCACCCACCCUGUCGGGCACCAGUGAGACCUCCAACAAACUCACCAUCCAAAACUGCAUCAGCUUCUGUAGGAAGCAGAGAUACAAGCUCGCCGGUAUGGAGUCAGGUUAUGCCUGUUUCUGUGGCAACGAGGUGGACCUGCCCGCUCACGGCGAGUCGCCGAGCAUGGAGUGUAACCACGUUUGCUUCGGCGACCACACCCAGCCCUGCGGCGGCGACGGCUGGGUCAUCAUCUUCGACACCCGAGUCGGAGCGUGCGGUGGAAACUACAGCUCUCCAUCCGGAGUGAUCUACUCCCCUGACUUCCCCGACAGCUACGCGGCUGGCCGUGUCUGCUACUGGACCAUCCAGGUUCCCGGAUCGUCUGCCAUCCUCUUCAACUUCACCUUCUUUGACAUUUCCGAUCAGACGGACAUGGUGGAGCUACUGGACGGCUACACCAACCAGGUGGUGGCGCGCUUUGACUGGCGCAGCCCGCCGCGGGAGCUGGUGAACGUCACGGGCGACUUUGUCGUACUCUACUUCUACUCAGACCGCACCAACCAGGCCCAUGGAUUCGCUCUGCUUUAUCAAGCUUUGAGAAGCCAGGACACCAGAACAAUGGAGGCCGAGGGAGACGAUGAGGAGGAGGGCGAGGACGUCUCCAGCACGGCGGGGCCUCAGCUGGCGGCCGGCGGCGGCGGCGGCGUCACCGAGCGAUCCAACAGCACCUCCAACGGACGUUCCUCCCAGAUCCUCUACGUGAUCACGUCCAGCCCUGGAAAACCGGAGCACAACAUGCCAGUGUGGACCAUCUACGCCCUGGCCGCCCUCCUCAUUCUGACCGUCAUAGCCAUGGUGGCCAAGCUGCUGCUGCACAUCACAGUCAAGUCUCCCAACAUCCCGACAGUCAGCGGCUCGGACAGCUGCAGCCAGAGCACAGCGUCCUCUGAGCCCUGGAUCAUCCUGUACCGACCCUCCACCAUCUCCCUCUUCAAGAAGAAGCUAAAGAACCACCACGGCGACCUCAGCCCCCUGGUGGGCAACUAGCGCAAACCGCUGCGCUUCGCCAUUGACCAACGCUACCGCCACCCACAACUAUUCUGUACAAGGGCCAUCAGAUGUCAGGCCCCUCAGACAAUGAAACUCUAUGAGGUGCUGCGCUGACAAGCCAACGACUGGGUGGCUAAUGACAAUGAUAGUGACGGCUGCGAAAAAGGCCCACGGGCCAGAGUGGCUGCGCCCUCCCAUCAUGCUCAGCACCAAAGAGGAGAGGGACAGGCAGGGCUGUCAGUGACCACGGUGUGGGAGAGGAGAGCCGAUCUGCAGCUCUGACAAAGACACGAUGAUGCUUUUAACACGCAGGAAGUUUCCUCUGGCCAGAGAGGCUCCAUUUUCAGUCCCACCUCCCGACGCCAUCCGGUGAAAACCCCACACAGCUGCUGGACUGAGGCUAACUUCACUGACAGCUCGGGAGGUUUUCCUCCUCCUGCUGCUCCAAGAGCUCCCGAGCUCAUCACAGCAUCGUCGGCAUCGAGGAGAGGACGAAGAAAAUGGAGUCAAUGACACUCACACACCUCCAGUACACUGUAACCUGUUAGAGCUCAGCAGCGUCACACAGCUCUUCUAUCUGCCUCAUACGGACGACACACACACUUGCAGCCAAAAACCAUAAUCCUCCCGAACACGGAGCGUGUAUCCAUCUGUGUUUUUGAUUCCGUCUGCAAAGUGCUGAUGUUUCUUUUUCUCGUGUUUUACAUGAAAACCAGUUUUCUGAGGAGAGGGAACCAGGACGUGGAACAACGUCACACAGAGCGUAGAUAUCGCAGCACUUUGGGGUGGAGUCGCUCGCUGUUGAAAUAAAAAGAUCAGAGACAACGAGAGCGCGCUCGCCCACUCACUCACUCACUCACUCACUCGACACUCAGUGGAUCUGGGUGGAGAGAAGUUAAAGUGGGUGGUGGGGAUGGCGGGGGGGCAGCAGUUGGCUGACAAACUGCCAUUUAGGGAGACUCGGGAAGAUCUGAGGGGCUUUUUUCUGCUCGUUUGUGGGUGGGAAUCUUUCCGGUUUGAUGGUGUUCAAGUGCCUUAAGGAUCCUCCUCUUCCCUCAUCUCAGAUUCCUCACAUCUGUUCCUUUCGCGAAGCGAAUCGAGGUCCUUCACAAAAACAUCUGCACUUCUCUAAAAAUCUGUGGUUGUGAAGAGUUUCAUUCCAAAACAAUGUAAAAAAAAAAAAAAAAAAAAAAAAAAAAAAAAAAAAAGAUGCCAUAUCUUGUACAGUGAUUGAUGUUUUUUUUAAAUCAUAGUACACUCAACGGAAAACCUCUCCAGACUGGAUCUCUUUCAUUUUUUGUUGAUUGAUUGAUUGAUGAUUUAUCUUUUUGUUUUCCUAAAUGAACUUAUAGCCUUUUCUGGAAUCCAGCUCUUCAUGUAGUAACAGACGAGGCUUUAAAAGAAAGAUGUUUGUUUCUAAUUUCUGUCUAUGCUCUUAUGUGUAGUCUUGGACAUUUACUGAACAUAUUGUUCACAUUAAGUUGUCUUUUGAUUAAUGGGGGGGGGGUGAAUAUUGUUGUACAUUAUGUAAUUCAGUGUGGGAUGAUAUUUAUGUCUGCUCUUUUAUUUUGUGUCUAGGAAACACAUUCCAGAGAUCUGUCAACGUACUUUCUCAUCAACCAAACACAAAAAGUGGGAUGCAUUUUUUUUUUUUUUUCUUUCUUUCUCCUUAGGCUGCAGCAAAUUGCCUGAAAUCACAAGAUGCUGCAGAACCCUGAAGCUUUUACUUACCGCCUUGAUUUCAGGCCAAGAGGUUUUAGCGCAAACAACACAACCAAAAGCACUCAUUGGUACUAUGCACAAGCUGUCAGCAGAUCUGCAGCCGUGACGGGUUUUCUGUGCAUUUGCUGUGACAUUUAAACUACUUGUGAAAGGUCAAAGUCUACUAGUUCACCAUUGGCAUAGUAAUUGGUCUUUCCUGAUCAUGGACAUGAGGCUCAUGUGGGUUUCUGCAGACGGUCAGACCCAAAAAAACCUUCGAACAAACUGUCAGGAUAAAAUACUGAAGAGAUACGAACAGCAAUGCACUUAAAUUGGCUUCACCUUGCACCUUUUUUUUUCACUUUUGCAAUUUCGGUGACAAGAGAGAAAAGGUACUUUUGUGCAGCAACCUGAGCACUUGAGACAAAACGUCGUGUUUUACACACAACACAACACAACACAACCCCAGAGUUACAGUCAAGUCAAAACGUGUAAUUUUCAAGAAUCAGAGGGAAUCUGAAGCCUGUGAAAACAUCAACAACCGCUCUUUCCCAAUGAGAUGUUUGUAACGAAAUGCGACCGUACUCUGUUCUGCCUGUCUGCUCAACUGGAACUCAUGUUAAUUAUUGCAAGACAACAGCACAUGCCCCUGGCUCUGUGAUGUUCAGAGCAGCCCAUGCGUAGAGAGAAGCGAGAGCGCGGAUGUGAGAGGGAUGGGAAAUGAAUGUGCGUUUAAAUCUAACACAAGCUAACAACAUCUGACAGUUUAAAUCUAACAGGGGCAUAUUUGUUUGGAUAGCCUGGCGAAUUAUGCAGACUCCCAUUUUCUGUCCCGUCCUCCAGUCAAUUGGAAAAUUCCACACUCACCUUCUGAGCGAGCGUGGAAACAGGCUUUUCCCAAAACUGUAGUGGAUGUGAAUGUCCUGUGGUGGUCGAUGACAUGAAAACAUUCACCUGAAGCCCCCUGGGAGAAAAACCAUGAGGGGCCGAAACAUUGUUUUUUCAUGAAAUUGUAAAUAGCAGAAUAGUGAAAUUUUUAAUUUAUACAGUAAAUUAUUGUUAUUUUGUAUGUGAAUGGGAUAUAAUCUAUCUUUUGUAUAAGUGAAGUACCUUUGUAGUUUUAUUUAAUGUGUCCUGGUUGCAAAAUAAAC